GGCAUUUUUCCUAAAUCCUUUAUCCACAUCAAAGAGGUGACAAUCGAGAAAAGAAGAAAUACUGAGAACAUCAUUCCCGCAGAAAUUCCUCUGGCACAAGAAGUGACAACGACACUUUGGGAAUGGGGGAGCAUCUGGAAACAGCUCUAUGUGGCCAGCAAAAAGGAGCGUUUCCUCCAGGUGCAGUGCAUGAUGUACGAUCUGAUGGAGUGGAGGUCCCAGCUCCUCUCAGGAACUCUGCCCAAGGACGAGCUGAAAGAACUGAAGCAGAAAGUCACGUCCAAGAUCGACUAUGGCAACAAAAUCCUUGAGCUUGAUCUGAUUGUCAGAGAUGAAGAUGGAAAUAUCUUGGACCCUGAUAAUACAAGCAUCAUCAGCUUGUUCCAUGCACAUGAGGAAGCGACUGAUAAAAUCACAGAGCGUAUCAAAGAGGAAAUGUCAAAAGACCAGCCAGAUUAUGGGAUGUAUUCCCGGAUAUCCUCAUCCCCGACCCACAGCCUCUAUGUCUUUGUGAGAAACUUUGUGUGCAGAAUUGGGGAAGACGCUGAGCUCUUCAUGUCUCUCUAUGACCCCAACAAGCAAAUGAUCAUAAGCGAGAACUACCUGGUACGAUGGGGCAGCAGGGGCUUUCCGAAGGAGAUUGAGAUGCUGAACAACCUGAAGGUGGUCUUCACGGAUCUUGGAAACAAAGACCUCAACAGGGAUAAAAUUUACUUGAUUUGUCAAAUAGUCCGGGUUGGGAAGAUGGAUCUUAAGGAUACUAAUACAAAGAAGUGCACGCAGGGACUGAGGAGGCCCUUUGGGGUGGCAGUUAUGGAUAUAACAGACAUCAUUAAGGGGAAAGCAGAGAGUGAUGAAGAAAAGCAGCACUUCAUUCCUUUUCACCCGGUCACAGCUGAAAAUGACUUUCUACAUAGCUUGCUGGGCAAAGUCACAGCCUUCAAAGGAGACAGUGGAGGGCAAGGUCUCUGGGUGACCAUGAAGAUGCUGGUGGGUGACAUCAUUCAGAUCCGCAAGGACUAUCCACACCUGGUGGACAGGACCACAGUGGUGGCCAGGAAGCUGGGCUUCCCAGAGAUCAUCAUGCCGGGGGAUGUCAGGAACGACAUCUACAUUACUCUCUUACAAGGUGACUUUGACAAGUACAACAAGACCACGCAGAGGAACGUGGAAGUGAUCAUGUGUGUGUGCGCUGAAGACGGCAAAACACUGCCCAAUGCAAUUUGCGUGGGAGCUGGGGACAAGCCCAUGAAUGAGUAUCACUCCGUCGUGUACUAUCAAGUCAAACAGCCACGCUGGAUGGAAACAGUCAAGGUGGCUGUCCCUAUUGAAGACAUGCAGAGGAUCCAUCUGAGAUUCAUGUUUCGACAUCGGUCAUCCCUGGAAUCUAAAGAUAAAGGAGAAAAGAACUUUGCCAUGUCCUAUGUGAAGCUGAUGAAAGAAGACGGGACUACUCUGCAUGAUGGAUGUCACGACUUGGUUGUCCUCAAGGGGGACAGCAAGAAGAUGGAGGAUGCUAGUGCCUACCUGACUCUUCCAUCUUACCGACACCAUAUGGAAAAUAAGGGGGCCACCUUGAGCCGCAGCUCCAGCAGUGUUGGGGGGCUCUCUGUCAGCUCCCGGGAUGUGUUCUCCAUUUCCACCCUGGUGUGCUCCACAAAGCUCACCCAGAACGUGGGCUUGCUGGGUUUGCUGAAGUGGCGUAUGAAGCCUCAACUGCUACAGGAGAAUUUAGAAAAGUUGAAGAUCGUGGACGGAGAGGAAGUGGUGAAGUUUCUCCAGGACACUCUGGACGCUCUCUUCAACAUCAUGAUGGAGCAUUCUCAAAGUAAUGAGUAUGACAUCCUCGUCUUUGAUGCUUUGAUCUACAUAAUAGGACUCAUUGCAGAUCGGAAAUUCCAGCAUUUUAACACUGUUCUGGAAGCUUACAUUCAACAGCAUUUCAGUGCUACGCUGGCUUACAAGAAACUGAUGACAGUGCUGAAGACGUACUUGGAUACCUCCAGCAGAGGGGAGCAAUGCGAGCCGAUCCUAAGAACGCUGAAAGCUUUGGAAUACGUGUUCAAGUUCAUUGUUCGAUCGAGGACGUUAUUUUCACAGCUUUACGAAGGCAAAGAACAGAUGGAGUUUGAAGAAUCCAUGAGACGGCUCUUUGAAUCCAUCAACAACCUGAUGAAAAGUCAAUAUAAAACCACCAUCCUUUUGCAGGUGGCAGCUUUGAAAUACAUCCCAUCUGUGCUCCAUGAUGUGGAAACAGUCUUUGAUGCGAAGUUACUCAGCCAACUCCUGUACGAGUUCUACACCUGCAUCCCUCCUGUGAAACUCCAGAAGCAGAAAGUGCAGUCCAUGACUGAGAUAGUGCAGAGCAACCUCUUCAAAAAGCAAGAAUGCCGGGACAUUCUGCUUCCCGUCAUCACCAAAGAGCUAAAGGAGCUGCUGGAGCAGAAGGACGAGAUGCAGCACCAGGUGCAGGAGAAGAAGUACUGCGUUGAGUUACUCAACAGCAUCUUGGAGGUCCUCAGCUGUCAGGACGCGGCCUUCACCUACCACCACAUCCAAGAGAUCAUGGUCCAGCUGCUUCGCACGGUGAACCGGACGGUCAUCACCAUGGGCCGGGAUCACCUUCUGAUUGUGCGCCUGCACAGGUGA